AUGGCUUUACCGUUUACCUUUCAAGCGCAGACUAUUAUCGCAGAGGGACGAACGUCCCAAAUUGAUGUUGACAGAAUUAGAAACUGGUUGCAAACAAGCAUGCUUCCACAGCUGCAGGAUGAAUUUAUUGCGAUAUUUUUAAUAUCAAGUGAAAAUAAAGUAGACAAGACGAAACAAAUAAUCGAGGCUUAUUUCAGAAUUAAGAAUGGAUUUCCACACAUUUUUAACAACAUAGAUGUCCACAGUGAACAAAUAAAAAAUAUACAAAAAGUAUUAGGUUUGUGUAUAGUUCCUAACAGAAUGGACACGAAUUCGGUUGUCAUAUGUGCAAAGUUAAUUGACACAAAUUACCGUAGUUUCGAACUUAUAGCUGCGUUAAAAUUAUCUUUCUCGCACCUACAUUUGAUGCAAAUUGAAAAUCCUCCAAACGAUUGUGUCCUGGUGUUUGAUAUGAAAGGGGUUGGUUUCAUGCAUAUGACGUGUCUUAAAAUGGAAGUCGUUGUUACAUAUCUGAAAUAUAUCCAAGAAGCAUUACCUCUUAAAAUAAGGGCGAUCCACAUUUUAAACAGCAACUACAUUUUCUCUCGAAUUCUUGAUUUGUUUAAAAUGUUCAUGAAAAGCGAACUGUUAACCCUGUUUCAUACACAUUCUUCAGGAAUGAAACUUGAAAAGUUUCACGAAGAGUGGGUGCCAGCAGCUUGUUUACCCAAAGAAUAUGGUGGUGAGGUAUCCUUUGAAAAAUUGAUGAAUCAAACGAAGAAGGGCAUUAAGGAAAUUCAACCAUUUUUGGACGCAGAAGAACAACUUAGAAAAUGCAUAUAA